UGCAGCCGUCAGAAACAGGCAGAUGAAAAUACAGAAUAGCCUCACUGAAACGGCCGUGACAGGGACAGUAUUCUGCUUGAACUAGUAUGGAUGUUGAUGACUGCAAUGGCCGGACUUGUAUAUCAGCAGCUAGUGGAGACUCUUCAAUGGAGAGGGAGUUUUCUGGGGCCCUCGGAGGUCCAACAGUGAGCACCCCAAACAGCAAGGACACCUCUCCUAGUCGCUCCCUCAGUGUCAACUCCAUUAAAGUGGAAUUGUACAGUGAUGAAGACCCAGGUCGCAGUACUGAAGAUGAAAGAGGGGAGAGGCUGGAAGAAGGAGGGUCAGAGCAGGGAUCUGAGGCUGUCGGAGGCUACAGGGAUCUCACCAAUCCUGAAACCAUACCAUCUGGAGCCACCAGGCUGCCAAAUGGAAAGCUCAAGUGUGACGUCUGUGGAAUGAUCUGCAUUGGGCCGAAUGUUCUCAUGGUGCACAAACGCAGCCAUACAGGUGAGCGACCAUUCCAGUGCAAUCAGUGUGGCGCCUCCUUCACCCAAAAGGGUAACCUACUCCGACACAUCAAGCUGCACUCAGGCGAGAAGCCCUUUAAAUGUCCCUUCUGCAGCUACGCCUGUCGAAGAAGAGAUGCACUAACAGGCCACCUUCGCACUCAUGCAGUGUCCUCUCCAACCAUAGGGAAGCCGUAUAAGUGCAGUUAUUGUGGCCGUAGUUACAAACAGCAGAGCACCCUAGAGGAACAUCAGGAGCGUUGCCACAGCUACUUACAGAGUCUGGAGUCAAAGCAGCCAUCCAGUGCUCUGAAUCCAGGAGAGGAGAUGAGAGAGCUCGAGUUUAUACAGGACUCUCUUCUGCAGCCCUCUGCAGACAAGAUGGCAUUUAUUGAUCGGCUCGCAAACAGCAUCACCAAACGCAAGAGAUCCACACCACAAAAAUUUGUAGGACAGAAGCACAUACGACUCAACCUUGGAGAUGCACCUUAUGAGCUCAGUGCUGGUUUGGAUAAAGACGUGGAGAUGCACGAUGGAGAGCUUGAAGCUCCGCACUUUACUGGUCUGGGAGGAGAGUACGCCGGCCUUGCAGGUAAUGGAGAAGGGGUUUCAGACACUCUGAGGCCUUUACACCUUCCCACCACUCACCCGUCAUGUCUGCCGGAACUCAGGCCGAUCCACGGCUCCUCUCACGUCCCUGUCGCUCUAGGUCCGAGGCUGGAUUGUACAGGGACGGGAACUGGGCGGGGGGCUGCAGGUGUUGGGGGACGGGAGGCAGCCGAGGGUCACGAAGACCUGCCUGUCGGUCGAAGUCACCAACCCUCGCCUAGCAACGGUUGCCAGGACUCUACAGACACAGAGAGUAUGACCGAUGAGCCAUGCAACAGUACUGCUCCAAUUCCAACCCUGCACAGUAACAAUGGCCAUCAUCUCCUCUACUCGAACAACCACAACCCAGUGCCUCCUCCCAUUGCACACCACAGGAGUCGGGACAGACACAGCCCCAGCCACGCCAAAGAAAGGGAGGUGGAAAGACAGGCUGGAGUCCACUCAGCCCCACCGCCUCCUGCCCUCGCUCCGACUCCCAGCUCACCUACGGCGCCCUCCUCCACUUCCAGGGAGGCUUUUCGGGUGGUGGACAGCGAAGGGCGGGCUGUGCGCUCUUUCCGUUGCGAGCACUGCCGCGUGCUCUUCCUGGACCAUGUCAUGUUUACUAUCCAUAUGGGCUGCCACGGCUUUCGCCAGCCUUUCGAGUGUAACAUCUGUGGCCACCGCAGCCAGGACCGCUACGAAUUUUCUUCUCACAUUGUCCGCGGAGAACACAUCCUUGAAUGAGGAUGAAGGGUUAACGACUUGCUUCCCCCUAAAGCUAUUUUUACACUGAGACAAGGACCUGGCUGGGUUUGGUCUGCACACGCGAUAAAGGCACUGAUGAUGUGAAGACGCACUGGUACAGUAAGUAUGUACCAGCAGGAGAAACUCCACAUGCAUGUUUUUAAAUUACAAUAGUUACCGUUAUCAUUAUCAAUGCAUUUCAAACAUUAUCUAUUGAAAAUGCACUUUCAAUGACUUGUAUUCUAAAGUAGAUAAAGAGCCGAUGCACUUUUCUCACCCACAGUUGUGCCUUGCUCCAAACUUCAAACCUGAUGCACAAAUUCUAGUAGACAAAUCAGGCUUUAUCCAUAACAUGAAAACGUAACCUUCUUGUGCACUUUAACAGAAAUAUCAUGUAAGAAGAACAAUGUGAGGGUGAUGGGCUCACCUACAGAGGAAUCAGAUUUUAACACCAUGUUCUCAAAGCACUUUCAGUUAAAUGAGUCCCUAGCAAUCGUUAUUUAUCCUGGGGGUUUUUUCUCUUCAAUUAGGACUUAAUCGUAAACAAUGAAUCACUUUUUCAAAUGCAAACUCAAGUGCAGACCAAACUCAAACACCAGGUCCAAGCGAAUGGAUGUGUUUUGAGGAGUUGUCCGUGAUUUAGCAAUGCACUUUUGUUUUUGAUGGGGUUUUGUGUGUG